UCAUAAAAGUGAAAUAAACCAUAGUCAAGAUAACAUAUGAUUUCAAUAUAUAUAAUGUUGCUAUAGUUGUCACAUAUAUUAUAAGAAGCCUCAAAUUUUAGAAUUAUGGACUCAUCACUUUCAAUGAUAAUGAAAAACAACAUAGUGAGAUUCUUCCUUAUGUUGUGCUUUGCCCUCUUCAUUGUGUUUCUGACGAACACAAUGGAAAGGGCGAAUUACUUGUUUGGAAAUAAUGAAUAUUACGUUCAAGUGAUCAAUGGAUUUUCCGACAAUUCGUCGGUGCCAUUGGUCAUAUGGUGCUCGUCGGAGGAGAUGGACCUCGGCGGACGUGCGCUUCAAGAGCAUGAUGAUUUCAGCUGGACCAUGAGGCCUAGCUUUUGGGGUGGCAACAAUGAGAUGAAGUGUACCAUGAAAUGGGACAGCACAAGAAGGAGCUUUGAUGCAUUCAUGGCUUCUAGGGACACUCACCGAUGUGGUGCUUAUAGGAUGUGUUAUUGGAUGGUAACACAAGAUGGGUUCUUUUUCAGCAAUGAUCAAGUCAAUUGGAGCAUGGAUUUCUUGUGGUGAUUAUAUGAAUCAUAUAUGCUAUGGAAAUGGAAGAGGAAUGUCAAGAGUUUUUGUAUGAUUUAGAAUAAUUUUUAAGAGGGUCUUUUUUAUGAUCAGUACAAAUGCAUGUAUGUGGAAUUUGUAUUGUUUCAUUUGGAAUGUUUUUGUUGCCAUGAGUGCUUUAAUUAGAUUAGUAAUCUUAAUUCCAUUUCCAUUGCCAUCUUCUGUGCUAUUUUUCAAA